AUCAAGACCUACACCUUCACGCAAGAGGACAUCGAUGCUUACGUCGAAAAGAACGGCGGAGCGGGCAUGAUGGGAAUGAACGAACUUACGCUAUCAGACUUGGAUGACCCUCCCGUCUACAACAUCACCUGCCCUGACAAAUGGCAAGUCUACUAUUAUAAUUGGUGGCCUUUACUCAACAAGAUGUGUGGCACAAUUGACAACAUGGGAGGGGAUUGGGCAGACGGGCCAUGGACUGGUGUAUUCGGUGGUAACCAGGGGAGAAUAGACAGAGCUAGAAAAGUCACCUUCGAUUGGGUAGACACGGGUGGGAAUUGUGAAGGAAGCUGCGUGCAAGUCUUUAGCACUUUGCGCAACGCGGGUCCGUGCCGCGGCGAGGAGUUCUGGAUGAAGGAAAAGAUCAGCAUGAACUACGAGGGCUGCGGAAUAGCCAAGUUCACGUAUGUGUACCAAGAACAACCGGUGCUGGAGAACGGAAGAGGAGAAUGCUGGAACGCCAAGGACGAACGGCCGACAUACCUGCCCACGAACGCAAUUGUCAAAGAUUUCUGCGAUAACGCCAUCGCGACGAUCAGAGGGAAGGGGGCCGCUCAGUUCGUCAAGGACGUGUAUGAGCUUGGAAAAGACGGACACUACUUCACGAGUUACAACCGCCAGGUUGACGAUCCGACGAACAGGACCAGGCUGUACGAUGUCGGCAUGAUUCACUUCUGGAUCAAGCCGAAGAAUGAUACCAUUGCUUGUCCUGCGGGCAAAACCGUCCAGUCGAUCGUGGAGGACGAGGUGAGCGGACUGACCCCGCAGCUGUGCCAGCAGCGCAUCUUGUCUAUCCAGAAUAUGAACUGCGGAGCUCCUCUGGGUAAGAGCGAGGGAGGACGAUUAUGGGCAGACUGUUUCGAAUGGGGAAUCGAACCAUCUGGUUACAAUGGGAUCGAAAUCAUGGGGUAAGCUGGCGAAAAGUGCUGUAUUCGCUUCCCUUAUAUGGGUCCUACACUCAUUGAGAAUGUGAGGCUGGCUGGGCAAGCCUUUGCGAUGUUGCGAGGAGGAUGCCUCCGCGAUUUCGCGGUCUUAGCCACCUCUGAUUGAGUCUGCUGGCCGUAUGCUACAUCUUUUUUCUGAAAUCGACGGAAUUGAAUCACAUCACAAGCUCGAAUUGUUCUUGUCGAGAUCACAAUUGAUGUUAUUCGUCUGCAGUCAUCCGUAUUGUCGUGAGUGAAGGUCGCGCGCUCGGCCGAAUGAAGUCGCAGCAUCGCAAAUACGGCCAGGGAGGUCUAAGACCGACUUGGCGGUCUCACAAAAGGAGUGGAGAGGUGGGCUGGCGGGGAUUUCUCCGGAAAGAAUGGGCGGGCGCGGCUCACUGAAGAUGUCAGAUAGCCGACGUUGACCGAAAACGCCCGUAUGAGGUCUAUAAUGAAUGAUGAGAUGAAG